GUACAGUCGGGGAAUGGACCGGCGGGAUUACUACAGUCGCUCUCGGUCAGCUGACCAGCGAGCGAUGGCGGACCGACCCGUCUGUACGCGCUCCCACUCCUCCGACCGAGCUGUCUCUGCCCACCUGAGGUCCGGACAUUCUGCCCCCCCCUCCCCUGCCCCAACCAGGGUCAACCCGCGAUCAGCUCAGACGAGUCCAUCAGGAACGCCGGUCUGCAGUCGCAGAGGUCGCCAGCUGCCCAUCAUCCCUCCAAAAGGAGCUCCGGACAGAA